UCGUGGGCGCACGCUCCUCAAUACUAAAAGAGCGGGAAACUGGAAAUAACAUUUCGUAAAAAAAAAUCUCGAAAAACUUUACAAUGGUGCGUUUUAAGACUAUGACUUAUUUAUCUCUGACCUCUAAAUAUGGAACGUUUUGCGAUUAGAAAAAAUGUUAGACUAAAAACUAUGCGUGUUUUAAAACUUAUCGUGCAUUGUGCAUAAACCAAAAUGGAUACAAGUUAUUGGAUAUUUUUAAUAUUUUUGGCGCCAUUUUUUUCUGGUUUAACAUCUGGUAUCAAUGUUAUCGAGCACUUUCAAAAACACCCCAUAUUUUUAAGAUCAAUAUCCAAUUACGGGAAAGAUGACACUUAUAGAGAUUUUGCAGAAUGGAAUUAUUAUAAUAAGCGUGUACAGAUAACCCUGAACAGGUACAAAAGAACUUUACCAAUGAUGAUUUCUCAACACUUCAGUGAAACUACAAUUACACCUGGUGUUGAUGUAACGCUCCAGUGUGUAGUCAAUGGUCCUCAUCCAGCUAGAUUUGUUUGGGAAAGGGACGGAGUUGUUAUCUCUGCCAAUACAGAUUCGAGGUAUUCAAUAGGUCAAACCAUGACAACCGAUGGGGGAGUGACAACCCAACUUAACAUUUCACAUGUAAGAGUUGACGAUGGAGGGCGAUUCGCAUGUGUGGCUCAUCACGGAGACGCUGUGGUAUCUCAUGAAGAUAGACUUAAUGUUUAUGGUCCCCCCUAUAUCCGGACGCUGCCACCCUUCAAAGUUCAGAGCGGGCAAAGUGUCGUUCUCAGAUGCCCCUACUACGGUUAUCCGAUAAGAGAAAUAACAUGGGAAUACAAAGGAAAAGAAAUUAGUUCAGAUGCAACACAAUCCACUCGAUAUAAAAGACUCAUAAACAACACUGCCCUUAGCAUAGAAAUAUUUGGUAGGAAACCUAAGUUAAGAGCUAAAAGAGAUAUAGCGACAAUCACAAACGAUGGGGUACUAAAUGUAAAUAAAGUUAGUAAAAGUGAAAAUGGAGCCACAUUCGCGUGUAUAGUGAGAAGUCCAUCUGGUGAAAUGGCGAAAAGGUCAUUCGAGUUACAAGUAGUAGAAGCUCCGCAGUUAGAAGAGAUACUUCUAGCGUCAGAUCUUCAAGAGGGUCAAAUAGUACAAAUACAUUGUAAUUUAAAGAGUGGUGACUCGCCAGUAUAUUACUCUUGGUUGAAGGAUGGAAAGAAAAUUCCUUCUAAUCUUAAGAUUGUAGAGCGGAGCUUGGAAGUAUUCAGUGUACUUAUUAUCAAGAAUGUGUCUCUGGAACAUUGCGGCACAUACACAUGCGUUGCUGCGAACCAUGUUGCCAAAGUUAAUAGAACUGUCAACUUAUACAUCAAAGUUGCACCGAAAUGGAAUGAGGAACCGCAAAAUACGUCUUUACUCUUAGGUAGAAAUGGGCAUGUUUCUUGCAGUGCAAAUGGGUACCCGCAACCACAAACCCACUGGCUGAAGAAAGAUGUAGUAUCUGAAACCUGGCGACCAGUUCUGGAAGUGGCGGGAGGUGGAGUCCUGAGUUUAUCUAACGGAUCUCUAAUAUUUGAUUCCGUGGCAUUAUCAGACGCUGGACUUUAUACGUGCCACGUAGAAAACGGCGUUGGAGAAGCUCUUAGUAAAACUGUCUGGAUUUCUGUUAAUAAACCAGUAACAUUUGAUAUAGCAGCGAGAAACUUAACAGCGAAAUUAGGACAACAAGUUACAAUAGAAUGCCAGGCCAAAGGAGACGAUCCAAUACGAAUAAUGUGGACGAGAAACGGGAAACCGAUUAAUCCUUUGACGCAACGAGUAAAGAUUUCUGAAGCCAAAACAAAUGAUGGAAUGAACAGCAUAUUGGAAUUGUUACAAACGGAAACAAGUGAUGGUGCCUUAUAUCAAUGCAAAGCUGGGAAUCCUUUCGGAGUUGACAUUUAUACAGUCUAUCUUACUAUAUUAGAGCCUCCUACUCCUCCAUCGGAUUUAUCAGUAGAUUCAAUAAAGAGUCGAUCAGUAAAGCUCUCCUGGCGUGACAUGGCAAGAUCUUUAGCACAAUACUAUAGUGUACAAAUUACUAACAGCCAAAGGUUGACUUGGAGUACUGCGAGAACCAUUAACAUUACCAGGUUAGAUGAAAUUCGUCAUAGCAUAGAAUUAGAAGACCUACAGCCAGCAACUAGUUAUAGUGCUAGAGUGGCCGGUGGUAAUCAAGCAGAUCUGAGUGUUUAUUCUACACCAGUACGGUUUACCACAACUGAAGAAGCUCCUUCAUCACCACCGUUAGGAGUACAGUUGGAACAGACAGAUUCACCGGGAGAGCUAAGAGCAAGAUGGCUGCCACCACCCGCAGACGCGCAUAACGGACUUAUACUUGGUUAUAGGUUAAGAGCUAUCCCCCAACUGAGCGGAAUCAAGGAAAGUCAAGAAACGAGUGACAAGAUCAUCAAAACAUCCUCUCUAUAUUCUAAGCAGGAAACUGUUAUUAGUGGGCUUCUAAAAGGUGUAAGGUAUUCGGUUUCAAUCGCCGCGUUCAACGGGGCCGGAAACGGACCCUUCUCAAUUCCACUGUUCCAAGAUACUCGGGAAGGAGCACCAGAAGAAGGGCCAUCUUCAGUAGAAUGUGGAGGAGUAACCUCGACUGCUCUUCGAGUUAGCUGGCAGCCCAUACCGCCUUAUAAGCAAGCCGGAGCUCUUAUAGGAUACUCAGUACUUUAUGCAGCUCAAGGACGUCCAUGGCUCAACGCAACAUCGCUAGUAACUGAGCUGCGCUUGCAAGGGCUCCUCAAGUACACAAACUAUACGGUCAAAGUGGCCGGCUUCUCCAACUACGGCACUGGGCCAUUCUCCUUCCCCAUUGUUUGCUCUACGCUACAAGACGUACCGGACGCGCCCGCAGAAAUAAAACUAGUGUCCCAGUCGUCAACAGCUCUUCUUGUCAGCUGGAAGAAGCCGAAGCAGCCAAACGGUCGGCUCCUACACUAUACAGUAUAUUGCAAACCUACAGCUAGCAAUGAUGGACCUCAAAUUCAUCGAGUAGACGUGGAGACAGACACGGAGCCAUACGAACAGACCCAGAGCUUGGAACUGAAGGGCUUGUAUGAAGGGCGACAGUAUGAUGUUUGGGUUACUGCCAGCACGGCUAUAGGAGAAGGGCCUGAGAGUCGACGAGUUACUAAUACACCUUCACAACGAGUGGUAGCAGGCGUUUGGUCCCUCGGUGGCGACGUACGAGUGGCGGUGCGUCGUGCCUUACUGCUGGCGUGCCGGAGCGUGGGGUCGCCACCACCGCGCACCGUGUGGUACCAUAACCACAACAUCAUCACACACCAUCCCCGAUUCACCAGGAAUAAAGAUGACAGCUUGCUAAUUAAAAGUAUCGAUCAAUCUCUCAGCGGGAACUACACAUGUCUAGCAAAGAAUUUAUACGGAUCUGACUCAGUCGUCUACUCCGUGAAGGUACUGCCUUUACCAGACCCACCAUCACUUAGAGCGACCCCAUACAAGGAUUCCAUUGUAGUUGAAUGGGAUGAAAUAAGGACUGCCAAUGACACAAUGGGAUACGGCAUCGUUUACAAUCUAACCUGGAGGGAAGAAGAUGGUCCCUGGCAAGAAGCCUGGCCAAUGGCCAGAGAGACCAGGUUGCCGGGAAUACAGCAGCAUGCACUCGCUGGGCUCAAAUGUGGCACCAAGUACUCUAUACGAGUAACUGCCACUGACAGUAUUGGAACUUCAGUACCAGCACAUAUUGAUGUUACGACUUUAGGAGGAGCACCGGUAUCACCACCAACAACCGACUGGCUCUGGAGCAACGCAUCCCACAUCUACAUACAACUGAGCGGGUGGGAUGACGGAGGCUGUGACGUCACCAAAUGGGACGUCGAAUACCGCCUUCUUGGCAGCAGUUUCUGGCACCGCGCGGAAAAUUUGGCGGCAAUGGAUAUCAGUCUAGGAUGGGGCUACAUAGACAGUCACUACCAAGCACCUCCACUCCGCUCCAUCCCAGCAUCGUACGCUGUUGGCUCUCUAGUACCGGGCAGUUGGUAUCAACUGAGAGUCACGGCCAGCAAUGAUGCAGGCACCGCUUCAACUGUUUACACGUAUGCUACUAAAACUUUGGACGGAGAGGAAAUAGGUCCACCUUCGGAAUUUUUCGACCUGAACAUGUUGGUGAUAAUCUGCAGUAGUAUACUCCUCGUCAUUUGUCUUCUGGCCUUCAUUUGUAUACUGUUUAGAAGACAUAGGCAAAAUUACUCGUCCCAAUAUCGUCACUCCAUCGCCGAGGAGGUUAAAUCUCGCAACGAGAGUGUGGCCUCGCAUUCGGAACAUAAAGAGCGUUACGCGCACACUCCUCGCAUAUACACGUCCCCCGUCCACCCGAGGAAGAGCGGUAAAAAUGAAAUGUUCGAGAUUAGUCCAUACGCUGAAUUUGCGCUUGGAUUCAGAACAUUUGACCACGUGGAGAACCAAGACCUGCCAAGUAGACUGCCUAACAGACCAAGAUUUGAUACUGAGACCAGUUUUCAGACACGAGUCUCAGAGUCAGAUGAUAGUGACAGCACGUCCAAAGCUACAGUCUCAGGGAUGCCUAGACGCCACUGCCGAACUCCGCAUCACAGAUAAAAAACUGCCAGGAUUUUGUUUCAAUGCAACAGCACUACCAAGGUUUUUUAGAUACUUUUUCCGUUAGGCCCUUUUCACAUGCGCACGGUCACGGCACGGGCACCGUGCUGUAUGAGGUAGUAAUGUAAGGUCGCGAUCACACCUGCAAGUUUUACUUACGUAACUAACUUACGGCUUUACUAAUGUAAACACUAAGAGAGUUAAGUAGUUAAUUGUGUAUUCUUACAAUUUACGUAAGUUGAGAAAUUUACUCAUGUGAGUAAAGCUUACAAGUGUCAUCGCGAUCUAUGACAGCUUUUGUAAGGCACAGCAACCGUGGCGUAACCGUGUGUAGCCCGUCCUCAUCCAGUACAAACACGGUUUCAACGUGGCAACCGUUUUUACAGUAAUGUAUUGACUUGUAUAGAGUUUUACAACAACACGAGCAGAUCAUGGCACGAUAAUGUGUUGAUUUUCCUAGCAGAAAUGCGACCUACUAUCAUCAUCAUCAUCAUCAGCCUGUGGACAUCCACUGUUGGACGUAGGCCUUCCCUAAAGAU